AUGUCUCUCAAUGGGCUAGAUUCUGCCGCCAUCGUCGAAGCCUACCAGAGUGCGCUGGCCGACGCCGGUGGAUGGGAUGAAGUCGCCUUGCUUGAACGAGGAAGCGGUGGGGUGUCCGAAGUGCGCAAUGCCAUUGAAAAGUACGAGGAGACCUCGCCGCUGUAUGGCUUCCUCCAGUACAGACGCCGGAAAGUCAUUCUUCGAUACAUGCCCGAGGGCUUGUCGCGUCUUAUUCUAGCCCGCAGCAAUGUCCAAUUCCAAUCGGUCUUGGAUAGAUUCUCUCCGAAUGAUACAACUCUCGUCUUAACGCAAGCUUCCGAUCUCAACGAGAGCGCUCUAUCGUCCGCGUGCCUUCUUCAUACCGCCUCAGGCUCAAUUACAUCGUCGUCGAGUUCGCUACGCCGCCGUAAACUUAUGGAAAUAACGGAGGAUGCAGAAGAAAACGGGGCGCCAAAGAAAACAGAGGCGCCGAAUCAGCCGCCUCUGCAGGUGCCGGCCCAGGCUGAAAUCAGAGAAAGACCGGGCAGUCAAAGAUCAGAGCUCACCAUAGUGCCGCCAACCACUUCGUCCAGUUUUGAGGCGCCCCCCGACCUUCGAUCUCCGUCCCCUCGACCACCACAAUCGCGUGAAGGUUCUCGGCCGCCGCCAUCACGGGAUAGCCGCUGUGAAUCUCGCCAAAGCAUGGCCCCCACUUCCCCGGCGUCCUCAGAACGCGCUAGAUAUCGGAAUAUUUUGGAUGAGUUUCCACGACCAUCUGAAGAAGCGAGGAUGUCAACCCAAUCUGGGCGGCCGUCCUUGCGUGAGUUGGAGCGUGCUGCAGGCUAUACCCCGAAAGUAAAGCUUGGGCCCCGCCCAUCCCUGGAUCAAACCGGACAGCCUCGAACUUCUGGAAGCUCUCAGAAUCCUGAUCAGCGACCCGUCGCCUCCCGGCCGGAAUGCGUUCUUCGACUGCUCGCAAGCAGCUCGCGAUGGCCGAAGCUCCACGCCCACGAUCUCAGGGGGAGCUCCUUUGCAAGCAGACCAAGCACUCGGGUACCCCCCAUUCCUCCUCUCCUCGUUCCUCCGCCGACUAUUCCCGUCGCAAGACCCCCAAUUUCACCGGGCGCCAAAUCCCUGGGCGCUCUAUCCACAUCUUCUGGUUUAACCCCGGAAAAAGAACGCCUGAUGAAGGCACUACAACAACGGAAGAAGAACAUGGCGAAGAGGGCCGAAGAUUCGAAAAAGAGACAGGCCGCGGAACCCCUAAUGAAGGACACAAUUCCCGAUAUACCGAUUGAUAGGACCCAGGUUUCUGAUGAGAAUAAGGAGAAUGUAAACCUGGCGCCCGAGACGGAGAACGAAGAGACCACACAGCAAAUCCCCGAGACCCAUCCUGCAGAGCUGCCCUCAACAGCAUUCCAGCCAAUUCUAGACCGCAGUCUCGAGGAAAAGCCCGAGGAAACAACUCAAGGCGACUGCGCCCCAGUGGAAGACCCCGCUGAGCCCCUUUCUUCUCUUGAAGAACCCGCCGAAGACCUGGCCGACACGAAGCUAUACCUUCAGCCCCGUGCUUUCUCUGGUUUUUACACUGCUCCUCAAUUGCCUCCAGAUGAGCCACUGGAACCUAUUGAGCCACUCCCUACGCAUCGUGAAGGGGAGCUGGACGUUGCCUCAGCCGAACUUCAGCAGGAAUCAACGCCAGACGUGCCUUCACCAGAUUCUGACCGAGGUGCUUCUUCGCAUGCCUCUCGCCCAAGCGCGGACACAACAUUCUCCAACGCAUCUGGUGAUGCUUUCGACUGCUCAGAGCUGGAUACGCCGCAGACUACGCUCGAAGAUGACACAGGGGGGUUCUCCACAAUUCCUAACCACGCGGAGGCCAAGAAGGAUUUAGCUGCACCUAGCGCCCCGUCCGGAGUCCCACUUAGUGAGGUGCCAGGCCCGGUCCCAGACUCGGAACUUGAAGGUUCUUCAUCCCCGUUGGAGACCCUAGGCACCGUAACCGAUCAGUCAGACGCUUCAUCAGAACAAACUCCUCAAGAGCCCCUUGAUUCUGCCAACGGGCUCGUCACCCCUCCUCCUGAAUCUCCUUCCCCUUCUGCGACUGAGACACCGAUCGCGCACCCUCCGGCUCCAAUUGACCCUAUUCCUGCGGAGGAGACUAGCGCCAAAGAGCAACCCACCGGGAAGCCCGACGCCGUUCCCUUGGAUCAGCGACGAAAAGUCUACUUGGAGCCGAUUCAAAUCUCGACUCAAGAGUACUCGGAUGACGAUAACCUCCUAUCUGACGAUUCUUUUAUGGAAGAAUUGAGGUCGGCAACCGUGCAGGAAGCUCGCCCGGUUGCAGUCAAAUCCCCUAGUGUCAACAGCGAUCAGUGGAGGGGUUCACCCCGCGCCUUCUCAAGCUCACAUGGAUCUCGAUCUCCUUCGGUCAUGCAAACUCUAUCUGCAGGCCGAUCAGUCUCAAGUUCCCACGCUGACUUUGAGUCCUCGACUCCGCUGAUGGCCAAGAAGGUCAACGUCUCGUCUGGAAUUUCGAACCGCAUCAAAGCAUUAGAAAAACUCCAAAGCCGUGAAGGCUCCCCGGCCGGCCCGUCACCCGCGGUGACCGUGCCCUCUUCCUCUUCAUCCUUCGAAAGUCUCCGGAAGCGGGCUUCCGUUUCGAUUCCCAGCGGGACCCUGCCUGAUUUCAGUCGUGCCCCUAGUCUGCAAAGGAAUGACUCUCGUCCGUAUACCGCCGCCGCCCGCCGUACCAGCUCGAUUUCUAUGACGGCCCGAAGUCGCUCGCCCAAGCCUUCUGCUGUCGAGCCUGGCUCUGAUACCCCGACCCGCCAGGAUAGCCCUUCGACAGUUCAGCACGACAUUGCCAAGGAAUCCGAGUUGCCGGAGUCGGCCUCCCAGUCUGAUAUCCGCCGUGCGUCUAUUGACUCGAGUUCUAGUCGGCCAGCUGGACCGCUCUCCCGCUCUGAGAAGAAAGAGUCCCGGGCGUCCCGUCUGAUGCGCCGGAUGUCAUCAAUGACCUCUUCUCGUCGUAAUAUCAUCGGAACCGUCGCCUCGCCCGUGAAAGAAGAAGGGUUUCCUCAAGCGGCAAAUGGCACUACCUUGACGCCUUCAGGAUCCGGUAAAAGCCUGUCCAGCGCCAUCGAGAUUGGCGAGGUUAAUGUGCAGUUCCUGAUACGCUCCCUAUGGAAACGUCGCUGUAUUCGUAUCGAUGAAGAAGGAUACCUUGUGCUGGCCCCUAGUACGAACGACUCGGCCGCCCGCAAUAUGACCAAGCGCUACCACCUGACUGAGUUCCGGACUCCUUGCCUACCUGAUGAAGAUAUGCAAGAGAUGCCCAACAGUAUUCUCCUUAACUUCUUGGAUGGGAGCACUCUGCAGUGUGCCUGCGAGUCGCGACAGGGUCAAGCCACUGUUCUUCAGACUCUUGUUGAAGCCCACAAGGCCCGCCACUCCUAA